UCUUUCUGUAAGGACAGCUCUCACAGCCAGAUGACCCUGAAGAGACAUCCCACAGGGUUGCAAUACAGCCGCGACCUCAAUAUCAAAUAGCCGAAAGCAGAAUACAAUUAAAUCAUAAAAUAGACCAAGAAUCUGUCACCAUCAGCCUUAAAAUUACAUUUAUAAAGUCAUUCAAAUGUUCCAAGAGAAGAUUAUAAAUUAAGAUCCAAAACUUUCUUCAAGAGCCAUUUUUUUCUAGUUAAUUUUGUGCACUAACUGCGCAAUCAAAAAGGACCUUUAUUCCCGGGGGAAAAAAAGAAACCCUUACAAUAGAAUUAUUAAUAUACAGUGUAUUUAAAGCUAAUUUGAAAGCUAAAGGCUUCAUAAUUGUUCUGGAUGAAGAACUGAAAAUGAAGAACUGCAUUUUUCCUGUGAGGAGCAAAAGACAUAUUCUGCAUUUGUGAAUGAGCCUGUCACACACCACUAUACUGUAUCUGACUGCAACUGCACAAGGCAGGAAGGCGCGCUUCACAAAUCGCUGCAGAAACACGAAUCCAGACGCGCCCCGCUGCACAACAGCCGUCGGUUUGUUUGAUGUGUAGUACACCCGUCGUUGAAUUACAUUGUGUUGACUUGUCAGUAGUUAAAGCGAAAAUAAAAAUCUCCCUCAUCACCAAUCAAAGGGGGCUUCGUUUCGAAAAGGCAGGUUUUAUCUGCUGGAAGACAUGGAUUGCUCAGAAGAAGUGCAAUCGUUCUCGGAUGAAGCAAGCUCCCCAACUGGGCUGAAGAAAGGCAUGUCAAUUUUCCUCGAUAUCUUGAGGAGAGCAGAUAAAAACGAUGAUGGCAAGCUUUCCUUUGAUGAGUUCAGAGCCUACUUCUCUGAUGGAGUGUUAACAGGAAAUGAACUUCAGGAGCUGUUCCACACUAUCGACACUCACAACACCGACAACCUGGACACAGACGAACUUUGUGAAUAUUUCUCUCAGCACCUUGGAGAGUAUGAAAAUGUGCUUGGGGCUCUUGAAGAUUUGAACAUCUCGAUUCUCAAAGCAAUGGAUAAAACCAAAAAAGACUAUCAAGAGUCUUCCCAUCUGGAGCAAUUUGUGACACGGUUCCUGCUGAAGGAGACGGCCAAUCAGCUGCAGUCUCUCCAGAGCUCCUUAGAGUGCGCCAUGGAGACCACAGCCGAGCAGACCCGACAGGAGAGACAAGGGCCAGAGAAGCCGGAGAAGCCUGAGGUGCUGUCAAUUCAGUGGUCAGGAAAACGAUCCAAUCGAAGACUUCAAAGGAAUAACAGCUUAUCUCCAAACAACCCCCUUUUCAACAUUGUCAAUUCAGGUCUGCAGGAAGAAGACAGCCAGUGGAUGACCCAAAUAAACAGACUGCAGAAGCUUAUUGACAGGUUAGAAAAGAAGGAACUAAAGCUUGAACCAGUGGAAGAAGAGGUUUCAGAUGGAAGCACCAAAUCUCACAUCCUGAUCGUGCAGCGCCAGUUGUCAGUGCUGGAGGAAGAGCUUGAAGAGUUCCGCCUGGCCCUGAGACAGUACAUCGAGUCCGCAACCUCGCAGACCGGCUGCCUGCACAUUGCAGUACAAAAGCUUUCCAGUGAAUCCCGUUUCAUAUUGUAUGAGUUCUGGGAGCACAGCAAUGUCUGGAAAAAUCACCUUCAGACAAACUACAGCAAAACGUUCCAACGGAGUAAUGUGGAUUUCUUAGAGACUCCUGAGCUGAUGACAACAAUGCUUGUUCCAGCUUCAUGGUGGGUUCUGAACAAUAACUAAGAGCAAGCAAGUUCCAGUGUUAGGAGUCGUGCAUUGAAGAAUCAUCAGUCUGCAGUGACAUUGUAGUGGUAGUUUCUGUCAUUAAUAGCCAGACAUUUGGAACUACACCUGUGCCAGUGUACUGUAUACUGUAAAUGAAAUUAUACCAUCAUCCCACUUUAUGGUGUCAAUUUGGAAUGCACACUAUUAGAUGUUGUGUAUUAAAAUAUAAGUAAUGGGACUUCGGUGACCUUUCAUGUACUACUCUUUGUCCUGAGUUAAAUACCUGCACUUUACAAUAUUAUGUUGAGUGUAUUGUACGUAUUUUGGAAUAGUGUGAAUACAUCAUACUGUAUUUUCUCUGGGUGUUAACAAAAAUGAAUUUGAACAUAUUACUUGGUAAAUAUCUGUGAAAAGUUAUGUAGACCAAUUUAUCCAACAUUAUAUUCUAUUUAUCAGAAAUUCAUCCAUAAUAAAUGUACUAUUUGUUGACAUUAA